CGUUCAGUGGAACACUACGACACACUUCUUACCUGUUAGGAUACUCCUGAAAAAGAGAGACAAAAUGGCUCAGACAAACCCUAUGCCCAUGGGCCCUUGGAAGAUCACUGUGUACGAUCAGGAGUUCUUCCAGGGUAGGCGUAUGGAGUUCACCGCCUGCUGCCAGAACAUCAUGGAGUGCGGGAUGGAGAACAUCCGCUCCCUGAAGGUCGAGUGUGGCGCCUGGGUGGGUUACGAGCACUCCAGCUUCUGUGGCCAGCAGUUUGUCCUGGAGAAGGGAGACUACCCUCGCUUUGAGGCCUACAGUGGCAGCAACUCUUACCGCAUUGAAAGGAUGAUUUCCUUCAGGCCCAUCUGCUGUGCUAACCACAAGGAGUCUCGCAUGACCAUCUUCGAGUCAGAGAACAUGGUGGGUCGUCAGUUCGAGCUGUCUGAUGACUACCCCUCUCUGCAGGCUAUGGGCUGGAUGAACAACGAGGUUGGAUCCAUGCAUAUUCAGACUGGAGCCUUUGUGUGCUACCAGUAUCCCGGAUACCGUGGCCACCAGUACAUCCUGGAGUGUGAUUGCCGCGGAGGAGAGUACAAGUGUUACCGUGAGUUUGGCUCCCACUCCCAGACUCCCCAGAUUCAGUCCAUCAGGAGGAUCCAGCACUAAGUGGGGAAUGCUUCCCUUACUCUUCUUUAUCUCCUCCUCCUCUCCUUCCACCUUCAUUCCCACUCCUCUUCCCUCUGCCUGUCCCCAAACCACCAUCUCCUGGCUCCACUGGUCCAGCUAGUCUUAGCAGGAUCUAGAGCUGGUCUUCAGGUGCUUUCUGGUGUCAGUUGUUCACAGCACUUUUUUAAAGAAACAUCACAACAGAAAAAGAAAGAUGUAAGAAAGACAGCAAACAGGAAUGACAUAAUUGUGAGCAAAAAGCUGAGUCAGUGUGAAAGAGCCCAGGUUGGCUGCAGAGCGGUGAAAACACCAGUUUUUGCUCUUUUUCAUCUCCAUCUUUGGUGGCAUCACCAUUAUCAACAACAUCAUCAUCAUCGUCAUUGUUUGCUACAUCAACAUGAUCACCAGUCUUGUUUUACUGUGAUAUCCAUGACUGCCUAUGUUCAAGACGAUGAAUAAAGAGAAUGAGCAAAGAAACAGAAAG